CGCGUUAUUUUGUUUAGUCUCGCUAGUUUCUAUUUAACGUUGGCGCUGCGCUGAUUUAUAUCAGUCGGCGUUGCGCUAACGUGAAUACUGGAACUCUGCUGACAGCGAGAAGCAAAUUUUUGGAUCGUUUUAUUUAUAUUCUUCAUUUAGUUAAGAUAUUACUGCCAGAAUCAAGAUGGGAUGCUCAUCAUCAAAGGAUGCAGUUCAAGCAAUAACAGUUGAAGACGGAGUUGUUAAACCUGCCAGCGGAAAAGCACGAAAGAUAAAAGUGAACGAAACAAAAUCAUCAUACAUCAAUGAAAACGAUGCGAUUCACAUCACCAUGAAAAGUUCAUCAGCAAAAAGUAGAGACAGUGGGAUUGAUGAAAUGGAUUCUGACAUUCAAGACGGCAUCAUAACCGAGACAUCGGAUCCCCACAGGGUUUCAGAAAUAGAAGGAAACAACAGGCCAGAAACCCCAGAUCUAACCAGAUUAAAGCAGUAUAGACCGGCAUGUCCUAGAUUGACAGAUAGAAGACUGAGAGAAAUCAUUGAAACAUUAACGGGACAAGGAGAUUGUUCAUCAGACCUGUCAUUAGCCGGACAUCAGUUCAGUAGCAACAGUGCAUCUCGUGAACGAUUGAGGUCAAAGGUUAUCUUGGAAGAGCUUGAGUCACAAGGAUUGAUAAGUUCGGCAAAAGUUCAAACUGGUGGCGCAGCGUUUGAAGUGGGAGGUGGAUCAGCUGUUGUCCUUGAACCGUUAUCCCGUCCGCCACUCCCACGACCCCCACCUCGACUUGAAAAAUUGAAGCAUGAAGGACAUCAAACUCUAACAAAAGAAGAAUUAGACUUAAAGCAAAAACAAGCUGAAUUCAGAAGACAAAAAUCAAUGCACAAACCUAAAAGACGUAGCAGACUCGCGUCACAACUUGCAAAAGACAGAGAAAUGGCGAAUGACAUGAAUCAUGAAGACAAAUCAGUCGACCCUGAAGAUGGUUCACCCUGGACCUUUGAUGAAAGUGAAAUCGACGACCCGUUCAAGACUCGACACGAGAUUCCACAUGAAUAAUUUUUUAUCUUAAUUUUUUUUGCUUUUUAACUUUUCGUAGAUAAUUUAUUUUAUUGAGCAGAAAUUUGAUAUCAUUGGAUUAAGUUUGACCAUCUGUUGGUUCUCACUAAUCAUAAGAUAGACUAGACAAUUUCCCUGAAAGUGUUGAAUGUUUUCAAGGAUGAUUUCAACCGCUAUCUACUGUCAUUUCCAAUACGAGAAUAACCUAUAGAUUUAUUUUAGAGUUUCAGUGAUUGCAUGCAAUUUCUUUUUCAUUUGUAUUGUUUUUACUUUUAUUAAGAGAUCUUGCAUUGCGCAAGCUCGCAACUUUUCUAUCGGUACCAUUUCCACUUUUAGUUGAGGGCUCGGCACCUUUCCACUGGGCGGUUUGGGACAGUGGUGGGAUUCAGCUGGUUCUAUAGAACCGCCUCACGGAAUUUUAUGAGAUCAGCGAACCAGUUAGCAUUACUGGUUACUGACAAUGUUUUAUUUGUAACAGAACCGGCUGAAAAAUAUGACUUUUGUGAAGGAACCGGCUGACAAAAAAUUUGAAUCUCACCACUGGUUUGGGACCUUACUUUGAACAAACUUCCAACUCUUCUUUUAGUACUCUUUCCACUUUUAAUGUGGGUAUGGGUCCUUUCAGUU